UGUUUACUAUCGUAUCUUUAUUCUCUAAAAGCAGUAAAAGCGUUUUCUAGUUUCCAUUUACAUUUCACCGACUCCUGAGUCCUGACUGGUGAAUUGUGAGUUUAAAAUUUAAAAAUUUAAUUUGACAAUUAGUGUUUUUGUGUUAAAAGUGUCUAGCAUAUCAUUGCUCAAAAUCAGACGAUUUUCUUAGAUUUAUUUGUUGAUAAUUGAACAGUAUUCGUCCCACUGUUCGAUUUCCAACUAUAAUUCAAUAUUAAAUAAUAAAUAGGUAAAAUAUACACCUACAACAGCAGCCAUGAGCGACGACGAUAUUUGGCGUACUUCGAGUUUUCGACACAAUGUCGUCAAUAAAAUAGAUGAAGCUAUUGCUCAAUCGGGAAUGCCCACUUCAAAAAACAGUUUGGAAAUGGAAAAUCAUGUAUUCAUGAAAGCCAAAACUAAAGAUGAGUACUUAAGUUAUGUUGCACGUUUAUUAUUACACGUGGGUGGAAGAGAUAUGAGAGGUGGUAACCAGAUGAUGAAUAUGAACCAAAACCCUGGUCCUGUAAAUGCAACAACGUUAUUGCAGACAUUAAACAAUCGACCACAAACUCAAAAUAAAUUACCUGGCCAAAUGACAAUGGGACCUGGUCCAAUGAACCAAGGUCCCCCAUUAAGACCUAGUGGACCUAUGGGUCAAGGGCCCAUGAUGCAAAAUCCUAAUGCAGGUCCUAUGGGUAAUCAGAUGGGUCAAGGGCCUCCUAUGCCUAUGUCUUCAGUCAUGGGUGGUCCACCAAUGCAGAAUAUGCCUGUUCAAAUGCCUGUACAGGGAAUGCCUGUUCAGGGUAUGCCCGUACAAAAUAUGCCAGUACAGGGUAUGCCUGGGGUUGUUCCGGGUAAUAUGCCAUCAAAUGCUAUGGGCCGUAUGCAGCCACGAAAAAUGAAUGUUGGCCCAGAAAAUGUGAUGAUGAUUCCUAAUCAACCAGUCGUUGGCGGAUAUCCAGCUGGACCACCAAGGUCUGUAGGGAGUAAUCAAUUUCUUAGCCACAAUAGUCCUUCAUCACCUCAACAAUCACCUGUUAAUGGUCUUCCAUCUAGUAAUCAAAUGAUUGGUUCACCAAGUGGUCCUCAACUAACUCCUAGUGGUCAAAUGAGUGGGCCGAUUAGAUCAAUUGGCAAUGUGCCAUCUCCUGGUAGUUCAGUUCCAUCAUUAAAUACACCCAUGAACCCAUCAUCUAAUGCCGGCCCAAGUCCUCUAGCUCAGGAAGACAUAGCAUAUAGAGAAAAAGUAAGGCAACUAAGCAAAUACAUUGAACCUUUACGAAAAAUGAUUGCACAUAUAGGAAAUGAAGAUGUUGAGAAAUUAAGUAAGAUGAAAAAGCUUCUAGAAAUACUGUCAACUCCCACCCAACGGAUGCCUCUGGAAACUUUAUUGAAAUGUGAAAUUGCUCUGGAGAGAUUAGAUUUAAGCAGAGGAGAAGGUGGUAGUGUCCCUCCGCCACAAUCAUCUUCCAUGAGAGAAGUGCAUCCUUUAAUUGAAGUGAUUGGAUCAAUGAUACAAUCACCAAACUUUAAUCAUACACUUCACAGAACAUUUGCACCUUGCAUAGAAUUUAUGGUGGGCCAAAAACGACCUUUAUCACCUCCACCAUAUGCGGGAAAUGAAAAUUCCAAUGAAGUUCAAAGUAUCAUACCUAAAGCAUUAGAAGGAGAAAUUGCUAGACUUGAUCAACGUUUUAAGGUUUCUUUAGAUCCUGUACGUCCAAGUGGAGUGUCUUGUAUCCGUCUCUUAUGUUGGUUAGAUGAUAAAAAUCUACCUUGUGUACCCCCAAUUAAUAUUAUUGUUUAUGAGAAUUAUCCCCCUGCAAAUCCAGCGUGUAUAAUUUCGUCCAAUGACUAUGGUGGCACAUCAUUUCUCAUGUGUGUUAAAGAUGUAUUUGAAUCAAGGAUGAUGUUGAUGCCAGUCCGUUUUACAGUGUCUCAUAUACUUGACUCAUGGGAAAUGAGUGUUAGGCAAGCAGUGGCUCUUUUACUCGAUAACAAAGAUUCAAUAACCAAUAAUUGAAUAUGAUAAAACUCUUCUCAUGAAUUCUAUAAAAUUAUGCUCAUUUUAUUUUGUUGUUAUUACUAUUAUUAUUAUUAUUAUUAUUAUUACUUUUAUUUAUGUAAGCAACAAUCCUAUUUUUAACAACCAAUAAUUUUCUUAAUUUAUUUUUAAUUUAUAUAGAAAAUAAAAAACAAAUAUGGGUAAAAAUAUAACAAAUGUAUGAUCAAAAAAAUGUUUUAACGUAAAUAUUAAAAUUCAAUAUAUUUUUUAUACAACCAUUAGUUGCUGGUGAAGAAUCUUUAAAUUUAUUGUUGUCAAGAUUUUUUUUUCUUUAAUUUGUUUUCCGUCAAUUAUAGUCUUCUACUUUUAUACCUUAACGUAAUUAAGGGUAAAACAAAUAAAUUAUAUUAUUUUACAAUAUUUUAGGUGACAUACAAAAUUGCAGUAGUAUUGUUUUGCAUUUUAGAAUUUUUGUUGAUAUGAGCUAUUUUAUAAUUAUUUUUUCCCAUACUUGGAUCUCUUAUAAUUAUUUAUUUAUUUGUUUUUCAAAAAAGUGUAUUAUUUAAAUUGUUAAUUUACUGUAAGAAGUAAAU